GUAGAUUAUAGACAGAGCAGAAUCAAGAUGGAAGACAAUAAAAUGGAAAUCGAGCUGAGUGAAGAUAGAAAAUCCUAUGCUGGAAUACCAGAAGCCGAUUUCGUAGAUGAUGUUGAAGCUUUUAUGGCAAAACCAGAAAAUGAAUCUGUAGACAAAGUACUCAGGAAAUUUGAUGAAAGCCAUGGAAAGUAUAAAUUUAUGGAAUACAAUUUGAUUAAUAAGAGAAGACGAUUAAAGGCACAAAUACCAGAUUUAGAAAGAUCUUUAGAGAUGAUCGAGAAAUUGCAAAUUGAAAAAAAUAACAGCCACAAUUUAGAAACGCAAUUUUUAUUGUCGGAGCAAGUGUACGCAAAAGCCAUAAUACCACCUACAGAUAAAGUAUGUUUAUGGCUGGGUGCUAAUGUGAUGCUAGAAUAUACUUUAGAUGAUGCGCAAGAAGUGCUGACCAAAAAUAUCGAGGCAGCCAAGAAAAAUUUAGGAUAUGUAGAACAUGAUCUAGACUUUGUUCGAGAUCAAUUCACAACAAUGGAAGUGAAUAUGGCACGUAUUUAUAAUUGGGAAGUAAAGCGCAGACAAGCAGCAAAACCUACAUGAGAUUAUCAAUCUUACUAUAUAAAAUUCGCCUAAAAUCCGAUAGGAUAUCUAUGUUAAGAAUAAAGUUUGAGUGUACAGAGCAUCAUUGAAGAUUCUGAAAUUAAGACUUGGAAGAUUAUUUAACUAUAAAUCUGUCAAAUUAAUAUAUACAUUACUACAAACAUGUAUGGAUUCAGAAAUGAAUUUUGAGUACAAUUUUGAGUACUAAUACUGAUAAUAAUCUAUUAUAACACAUUGAUGAAAUUGACUUUAUUUGCAUUUAUCUACAAAUUAUGAAAUGCAACAAAAAAAAAUCGUUUUAAAAUAAAAUUGUCAAAUGUCAAAUUAUCAAAACUA